GUUUCAUGCAUGAUAAAAUGUGGUCCUCCGUUCAAGGAGGAGCGACCGUGCUCUCCCGCCCCAGCUCCUCGCGCAACCUCCCGCUCCCGAAAGCCGGACGACAAUGAAGUACUCAGCUGUGUUCUUCCUUCUUUCCGUUUUCGUCCUUGGAACAGCACAAGCGCUGAUCAUGGGGCGUCAAUCGGGAGGCUGCAGCUGCGCAGGCAGGCGGUACACGUCUACGGACGUCAAUAACGCCAUUCAUGUGGCCGAAAGCGGUGGAGCAGGCGACUACCCGCACCAAUACCAUGAUUUCGAGGGUUUCCCUUUCCCUUCUUGCAGUGGCGAGUUCUUCGAAUACCCCCUUGAAGCAGGCACAACGUACGAUGGUGGAAGUCCUGGAGCAGACCGCGUCAUUUAUGAUGAAGAUGGGGAUUUCUGCGCAUGUCUGACACAUACGGGAGCAAGUGGCAAUGAUUUCCUGGAAUGCACCUUUUAGCCCACACCCAAGACAAUGGACGUACCCAUAUCAUGUUAGCCCGUGAUUAUUCAGAUCCAAGGCGGAGAUAAUGCAAAUCAAUGGGAAUUUUCUGG